AAAAAGUGUGUGGUUGUGUGGUGUUGUGUUGUGUUCGUGGUCAGGGCAGGUUCGAGAGGAGGACUUGAGUAAUAGCUUUGAGGGCUAGGCCUAGCUUGGAUUUCCCUAGCUUAGGCAUAAGUAAUUAUAUUUUUGAAAUUAUGGACGAUCAGAAUUAGAUUCUAAAAGACCAAGAUGGAUGCUAAAGAAGUGUACCUGUUAAUGAAAAAAGAAUAUCGCAUUUCUCGCAACAUUCGGGCCAAGUGGUUCUUUGGAAAUCUCAAUAAACAGAUCAAAGUUAAAUCAGAGGAUGAACUGUUAAAUUCAGCAGAAGAAUUGGAAGUUUUAUCAAUAAUUCCAAAGAGGGCCAAUGUUAAUGAGAAUGAUGGUAAGGAGUCAAAAGGUCAGAAUGUUGAGACAGAGGACAAGACUUACAAGUUGUUACCUACAAGUCAUGUACAUUUUCUUGCAAGGCGGUACAGGAUUGUAACUGUUUUAGACAUCAGCCCAUCAAUGGCAACUGUUGAUAUAUUAUCAGGUCGAGUGAGUUUGAUUGAUAUUUUUCGUUGUUUCACUAACUGUUUAAAAGGACUCAUACAACCGUUCACUGUUCCAGGUAGCAGACUUUUGUUGAAACCUCAGAUCUAUAUCACAGUAAUAGCAUACACACCUUUAUGCGCAUUAUGUACACAACAGGUUCUAGUACAAGGUUGUUUGCUGACAGAGGAAAACUUGGACCCUUUUUUGGAAGAUAUUCAAAUUAAAUUGGAAGAAUAUGAAGACAAAAUAGUUUCAGGUAUUUUUUGUGAGACAUGGCAUCCAAAUGAAGCAUCAAACAUAGACCCUUCUGCACAUCAAUCUUUCAAUGAUGGACAUGAAAGUUCUCGGAGAACCGUGCAGAACAUGCCAGACAUGGUCACACCAGACAUCGGUCUGGUCAACAUGAUUUGGUAUGGGAUUCUUGCUCUUCAGCUUCUACCAGAGAACACUAGUGCUGGAAUGGUGAUUAUCACAGAUGGUGUGAUGGGAAUGCCUGAUGUACCUACUAUGAACUCAUUACUGAAUCAGAUGCGUAGUAGUACUAUUGCAUGUUCAUUCAUCCAGGUUGGUAAAGGAUAUCACCCACAAUGCAGUUUUGGUUACAUACCACACACUGAGCUGAUGCAGUUCAUUGCACAGGCUACAUUUGGAGCAUUCUUGUCCAAAUGUCCAGAAAUUGAUCCAACCAAGAAAACUGAUAUGAAUCCAUACCACCAAGCAUUCUUAUCCUGGCAUUUCCAGAAGGGUUUGGAUGGCAUCAAAAUUGACUACAUCAAAGCUCAUAUCAGCAGGCGGUGGGUUGCAUAUUACAAGGUAUAAACAGCUGAAUUAAAAUAAGCAGUUUUUUGUUGACAGGCUGUGAAGUGGCUCAAGAUAGAUUUAAACACUAGGUGCAAGUAUUUCAUGGCCUAUAAAUAUAGUAGUUAUGUAACCACUUACCUUUUGAGCCUUGUUUG